GAAAUGGUUCUAUAUAUAACUAAUGGUUCUAAUAACCCUGGAAGAACCAAGAAAGAGCAACAUUUUAUUAAUUAGAUUUUUAAUGAGUUAUUUUUCAUUUCUUUUCAUGUAUUUUUAAUGUUUUCUUUUCUCCAAGCACUUAAAGUCUCUACCGUGUUUAUUCUGAAAGUCCGUUCUUUGUGUAUGAGCAGUUCCGCGGGACUCCGUCCUCCUCUCUUUACUCUAAGCCGUCGUUAAGCUGUUCUAACCGCGUGUUAAGGCGGCUCAGCGGCGGUUCAGUUCUUCUGGGCGGGGUUUCCGUCGCUCGUUGCUCUUCUGGUUUAAACCGUUUGUCACAAUCAAAGCUUUUAUUUUGUAAAGAAGGGAAGGGAGAAAGGCCGCUGCGAAGACAUUGGGACGCGGCCGCCGCUGCAGCGUCCUGAGCUCUGAUUGGCUCCUGCUCCCCGCGUGACCGCCGGUCGUGUCCCCGCUGGUCGUGUCCCCGAGCUGCUGCUGCUGCUCCGUGCUGCGUGGUUCCGCCAUGCGGUCAGUGCUGGGUCUGGUUCUGGUUCUGCUGCUCGCCUCUCUUUACCUUUACCUGCUCUCAGCCCACCUUCCCCCCGCUCGCCCGCCCCCCAGCGCGCGGGGAGAUGGAGGACCGGGAGAGGGAGACUCGCUCAGUGGAGCUGGAGCCAACAGGCUGAAGUUCCCCUCUGAUCUGGAGGAGCUGCGCGAGCUGGCGGCUCUGCUGAGGCUCUAUCAGGCCGAGCACAGCGGAUACGUUCUGCUGCUGUUCUGCAGCGCUUACAUCUACAAGCAGGCCUUCGCCAUCCCGGGGUCAUCUCUACUGAAUGUCCUGGCGGGGGCGCUGUUUGGACCCUGGCUGGGUCUGCUGCUGGCCUGUGUUCUGACCACUGUAGGGGCCACACUCUGCUUCCUGCUCUCGCAGGCCUUUGGAAAACAGCACAUCAUCCGGCUCUUCCCCGACAAGGUCGCCCUGCUGCAGAGGAAAGUGGAGGAGAACCGCAGCAGUCUGUUCUUCUUCCUGCUCUUCCUCAGGUUCUUCCCCAUGAGCCCAAACUGGUUCCUCAACAUGAGCUCCCCCAUCGUCAACAUCCCAGUCACUCUGUUCUUCCUCUCCGUCUUCAUCGCCCUGUGCCAUCUGAAACACGGGAUCAUUUGCAGAAUAAAUUCCAAGCCAGUUCGCUUCUCACCUGCUCAGGCGGCUACAGGAAUCCUCUUCCACUCCUCCAUGAUGACGUCCUGGAGCUGGUGGAUGUUAGACACCUUGCGCUCCUCCUCCUUCCGCUUGAUGAAGCCCCACAGGUGCUCAACGACGACACGACUGGGCACAUUCUGGACACGUUCACUGUGAGGUGGACUCACUUGUGCUGCCAGCUAUUUAGACAUUAAUGUCUGUGUGUUGUUCUUUUUAGAGGUCAGUGAAUCUGCUCUGCUGUACAAGCUGCACACUGACCACUUUAACUUCUAUCAGAGUUUCAUCUCUACAGUGACGUCCCAUCAGAAGAUAGAAUAGCAUUAUCUGCAGAAAUGUGAGGGGGGCACUCUCUUUUGGGAGAUACUGUAUGAUUUUAUAAGGUAGCAGGCAUAAGACGCAUUCAAGAACAUGAACAAUUUACAUUUUAAAUCAAGCUCUGCUCCAAUGGCUUCACCAUUUUCAUGGUGCUGGGUUUUUUUUCUUCGCAUUGUUCAUGUGCAGAGAACUGUGGGUACCUGACGGCCUGGAAGGAGACAUCUGAUGCAUCCUUCAAAUCACCCAGUAUGCAUACAAGGGAUCCUUCACUUUGGAACGGCCUGCUCUAACGUAGCGGCCGUGAAACGCAGCCUAGACUUUGGACGCAGCUUGUGUGUUUCCUCAUGUGCUCCGGUUUCCACCCACAGUCCAUAGACAUGCAGUCAGGCCAAUGGUUUUACAUAUAAUUCUACUUGUGCUAUACUUCAAAGUAAACUUAAAAGAAACUAAAUAAACUCAAACUAAAAAGUGGACCAAAUUAGUCCCAGGAAGGACUGAAAUAGUACACUCAGAAGUUUACUACCAGUACAUCGAUAUUGGGAAAUAUUCUUAAACUUAAGUUCACUUAAUAAAAUGACCUUUAUAUACUGAAAGUUCAAGUUCAUCACCAUAGCUAAACACAGCAGUGGCGGCCAUCUGGACGUCUGAAUAUUAAUAUUGUCUGUAUUUUCAGCUUGGCAUGGUUUGAGGCAGCCCCAGUGGGAAUUCCAGAAGAAUACGAGUUGGAAAACUUUUGGGAUCCGUUGACGCUUACCAGUAGGAGAUUCAGCUGCUACUGUAAAUUUGAACUCCUACUGGCGCAGACAUUUUAACCAACUGGAUUCAGUAAAAGACAUUAGCAACCAGCCAGUUCCAGAGCAGCUGCUCAACUGGGCUCAACUGGAAUUUCGCCCUCGGGUGUGAUGAUUUGGGUAUGCAGUUAGCACAAUGCUCCUGGCGCUGCAAAGCUAAUGUAGCUAACAACACCAUCACUGCUAUUGCUACCUACAUUAGCCUCGUAGCUACAGCGACAAAACUAAAGAAGCAAACUUCAGACACUGAACACGUCUCGGCUGAUCGACUGCAUUUGGGGUAAAGAGGCGAAACAGUAUUUUAAACAGAACAAAAUCAGAGAAAUGAGUCUGUGAGUCCGUCUGACUGUACACGGUUACAGACGCUGCUGUCCCGCCAAAAAACACUGAUUUCUCAUUGAUCGUCCACAGCCUCGCUGGAUUACACACAAAUACUGAACUGUGUAGAUGGUAAAAGUGGGUUCUGAUUCCAUUCUGCCGUCAUUCACACUGCAGUAAAGGGUCCAAGCGCUCAGAGCCUGGAGAACAAAACCA